CCGUCGCACGGGUGGGUUGUCGUGUUUGGUUGUGUCACGUUUUCUCGAAUACGUCAAGGAACUCGUUGUGUUUGGUUUUUAUUUUGUGAUUCCACUGUCAUCAACUGGAUUGAUCUUUCUUCAGGAUUUUUGUUUCUUGACGGGAUGGUGUAGACGAUGCGCCAUGUGGUCAGCCCUUGCGCUGCUCUUCCUUGUCUUGACAACGCAGUCGGCAGCUCUUGAUACAGCUCAAUGUAUCCAGCCACUAGGCAUGGAGUCCGGGGCGAUUCCCAACUCCGACAUCUCCGCCAGCAGCUCCUUCGACUCCGGUAACGUCGGCCCUCAGUUCGGCAGGGUGCGGACAGACAGUCACGGCGGUGCGUGGUGCCCCAAACACCAAGUGACGACCGAGCCCACGGAAUGGCUGGAGAUAGAUCUACACAAGGUCCAUGUUCUUACUGCUGUGGAGACCCAAGGUCGAUUCGGGAACGGGCAGGGCCAGGAGUUUGCCGAAGCCUACCUACUGGAGUACUGGCGGCCCAAGUUGGGCAAAUGGGUGCGCUACCGGGACCUCAAGGGGGAGGAGGUGAUCGAAGGCAACAGUAACACCUACUUAGAAGCAAGGCGGGAACUCGACCCUCCUAUUUGGGCGUCCCGAAUCCGCUUUCUGCCGUACAGUUAUCACCGGCGUACCGUGUGCAUGAGGGUCGAGAUCUACGGAUGUUAUUGGAAAGACGGAGUGGUGAGCUACUCCAUGCCCCAGGGUGACAAGAGGGGCACGACCUGGGAGUUCUACGACGCUACGUACGAUGGUCACUGGGACGGGGAGCUAGAGCGCGGUCUGGGGCAGCUUACUGACGGCAGAGUCGGUCCGGACAACUUUAAGAUGGGCUUCUACGAUUAUGAGAGAGGCCAGGGAUGGGUCGGCUGGAGAAAUGACACGAGGAACGGACAGCCGGUCGAGAUAAAGUUCGAGUUCGACCAAGUCCGAGAGUUCACGGCGGUCCAUAUCUUCUGUAACAACCAAUUCCUCAGAGAUGUCCAGGUGUUCGACGAGGCGGUGGUUAUGUUUAGCGUAGGAGGGCGUCACUACGUCGGAGAUCCCAUAACCUAUACGUACAUGGAGGAUCGUAUCUUCGAGAACUCCCGCAACGUCACGGUGAAGCUUCACCACCGCAUCGGUCGCUUCGUGAAACUACAGCUGCAUUUUGCUGCCCGCUGGAUCAUGAUCAGCGAGGUUACCUUCGAAUCUGAUAUUGCAUCUGGAAACUUCACUCCCGAAACGGACCCUGUUCCCGACAUCCAGGUCCAGAGCGAUGUCCACCUGGAGAAGGAGGUGCGCCCCAACAUCAACAAGCCUGUAUUCACAGCAAAGCCGGAAGAAAACUCGCUGAUGGCAGUAACUGUUGGGGCGCUACUGGCAGUAAUCAUCCUGCUAGCAGUCGCUAUAUUCCUGAUAGUGAGCAGACACAGGCAGCGCAAGGGGUUCGCGAGCCCACUGGCAGCCAAGGCGGCUCUGCCGGGGUCAGACAGCAGUUGUGGUACCGCUGACCGCAGUCAUCAGGGGAUAGACACAGCACUGCUGGUAGACUCGGGAUAUCAGGAGCCCUACCAGGCGCUGCGAUACGCGCCCUACUACAGCUACUCCGCCGUCGUCGUCGACUCUGUCAAGGGACUACCUACUGAUGCCUCUCACGAUUACGCAGUGCCAGAAGUGGGAACCCUACCCUUGGGCAAGUCUUCGCCUACACCCACCGUGAUACCCCACCCCCCAGUGGUCCCUGCGGAAAACCUUUACGCCAUCGGUCUGGUGAGGAACAUCAAGGACGACUGUAAGACCAACAAGAAACCAUCACCUCCCGCACCCGUCCCUGCUCCAGCUCCUGAUGUGCUGACCGCUCUGCGACGCCGCCUCCAGAACUCCUCUGUACCGCAGUUUCCACGUCAUAGGUUGCGAAUGCUCUCUAAGCUUGGGGAUGGAGCUUUCGGCACAGUGUACAUAGCAGAAGCAGAUGGUAUAUCAGAAUAUGGCAGCACUACCACUCUGGGGAAUCGCCUGGUAGCUGUCAAGUUCCUCUUGCACAAUGCUACUGAGAAAGAGAAAUUGGACUUCCAGCGAGAUGUGCGUAUCCUGUCAGCUCUAGAAGAUCAUAACUUGGCUCGUGUCCUGGGUCUGUGCUCACAAGAAGAGCCUCUGUGUGUCAUCAUGGAGUAUCUGGACCACGGAGAUCUUUGUCAGUUCCUGCAGAACCACGGGCUGGCAGAACCUCCCACCACUGGUCUGCCAGGAAUCAAAACUCUAAGCUACAACUGCCUGCUGUACAUGGCUGGCCAGAUAGCUUCUGGGAUGAGAUAUUUGGAAUCCCUCAACUUUGUGCACAGAGAUCUAGCAACAAGGAACUGUUUGGUGGGAAAAGGGUACCUCAUCAAAAUAUCUGACUUUGGUACGGACAAUGAACUUUACACCAACGACUACUAUAGGCUUGAUGGAGGAAUGGCACUCCCAGUCCGUUGGAUGGCGUGGGAGUCCAUAUAUAUGGGCAAAUACACAACAAAGAGCGAUGUCUGGUCAUUUGGUGUUACACUGUGGGAGAUAUUACAUCUAGCACAGAAGCGACCUUACGACACUCUGACAGACUCAGAGGUUGUAGAGAAUCUAGAGCAGCUUUACCAGGAUACCGGGGCCUUCAGCUUCCUGCCUCGUCCCCCCACUCCCCCAACUACCAAGGAUGUCACAGACCUACUCUCCGAGUGCUGGAGGCGGACGGCUGCAGAACGUCCCUCGUUUCGUGAAAUCCAUCUAUUCCUGCAACGGAAGACUCUAGGCUACGCACCGCUCUCGUGAUUUAAUAGACGCUAGGACUCACUGCAUUUGUACAAAUAUUCAAGGGUUAUACGAAAAAACCUUUGGGUGAUAACCUUUAGGUAAAUCAUACGCUCUAUUUUAUUUCCAAUCAAAUUUUUCUUUUUUUUAAUUCAGAUAAAAAGUAAAACGCCUUACAAAUUUGAAUUUUACACAACAUUUAAUAUUGUUGUGUUUGUUGUGAUUUCUAUUGUAUUUUUGUGCUUGACAAUCAGCAAAAUUAUAUUUUGCUUAUAUAAGUAUUUCUCACAUCAAAUUUCUUUAAAUUGUUUAAUUAAUAUAGAUUAAAUAUUUUGAAUUUUACUAUGUUUAAAAUUCUGUUCUUAUCAGUAUUACACCAGAUACAUUGAAUAAAUGACGGAACAAGAAAGAAAAGCUGGAAAAAAUAGAGUGACUCAAAUUUACUUAUUUUGUCUAGUAUUUUAAUGUAAUACUUGCAAUAUAUUUUGUAGGAAAAUUUGGUUGUAGAAUGUAUUUGCUGAAAGUUUAAAUGACCAAGUGUAAAUAUUUAACAUUAACAUUUUACAGAUGAUUAUUUAUUGGAAAACAUGGAAUAAAUAUUUUAUAUGUAUUAUUUUAAGGAAAGUUAUCGUUAAAUUUCAGAAGAACGAUUUCAAAUUUAUUUUUGUUAUACAAAUAUGCUAAAUUUGGUUUUUUAGACUGUUCUGAUAACACUUUAAACCAAUGAAAUUGCAGUAAUUAUCUGUUGUACAUAAUUAACUGAUAGUGUAAAUAAAUUAAAUGUACUACCGUAGUACCACCUGUGCUGAUGGUAAACGUGUGCUUUAGGAUAUCAAAUAAUAUUAUAAGUAAUGUUUUAACUGAAAUCCUUUUAGCUUAUGAAUAAGUAGAAUGUUUAUAAAUAAGUAUAAUAAAUAAACUAUUUAGAGAUGUAUGUAAAUUAUUAUAUGCAUGAAACGGAAAGGACUAGUAAAUUUUUAUUUUUACUAUUGUGUGGAUAAUAUUAAAAUUUAAUUCCUAAUAUUAUAAAAAUAUAAUUUGUAAUGUAAAGAAUAUUUUAUUUUUAAAUUGAUUUAAAAAAAAACAAUUCUAGAAAUAAAUAAUUGUUAUUUAUUAUUUUUCUGAAGGCCAUUAUUAUUCUGAGAUUUUAGCUGUCAAAUAUUUUUUAGUUUACCAUGUAAAAGAUCAGGUGUAUCUACUCAGUAUGUAUAUUGCACCAAACAUAGCAAUGAAUUGAUCAUAUUAUUAAUGACACAGGUAUCUGUCUCUACUUUUGACCAGUAAUACAAUUUGUAAAACAAGACAUUUUCUUCAUUCACAUUUAAAAGAAGAACUGAAAGAGCUGAAGUAAUUUCUCUCAUAAACACAGUAGUAACUUAAAUUUAUCUAAUAUUUGCUAACAAAGCUAUACACCAAAGCUGCUUUAAUUUCAUUUAUUCAUUUCUUAAUAUUUUAAAUACAAUUCAAAAAAUCAUAGUCUAAAGAUUAAAAGCCUUCAUCUCUAAAUUUUUCUAUGUGAGAACCUAGUUUAAUUGACCCCUUCAACACAUUCUGAUUAACACUAUUUUUACUUAUUUGUUUAAUGUAGAAUACAAAUCCAUUAUAUUCAUAAAAACAUUUAGUAAAGUGUAAACUUCUUUAAAUUUCUUCAAGCUUCUAUGAACAUGUUCAGAGAUUUUUAAAUUAAUAAAAAAAUAAAAUGUGUGCUUUUAAAAUUAUUAUUAAAAGGGGCCUUUCCAUAAAAAUCCAGUGAAAAAGUGUCAACGAAGAUGGGUUGAGACUGUAAGAAUGUUUUAGGUUGAUGACCUGGCUUUCCGUGGUUGUCACGUACUAUGCUUCCAAAGACCCAAGAUUGGUCUCUGCCUUCUGUCUCUAAUCAUCUGGUGACUCUUAGUCUAAACAUCUGUGAUAUAGGGUAGUUUGUAUUGUAUCUUGUACAUUGUAUGCCAUGUGUACAUUUUGUAGACUUCUUCUUAAGCGAAAUGUUGAUUAAAGAAAAUCAAUGUUCAUA